CCGAAAAGAUAUAAUUAUUUUAAAAAUAAAAGAUAUAAUUAAUUCCUGUUGUUGAAUUGUUUUGGGUCCAUUAUUCACAUCACAUCGUCACACCCACACCCACACCCACGUUUCUCUUGCGCUUCAUCAUUCAGAUCACGGAAAACCACAGUUCUAAGAUGGGUGUGGCUCAGAAAAUUCCCGAUACCGAGGAUGGCACUUUGGAGAUAGGAAUGGAAUACCGAACUGUGUCUGGAGUUGCUGGACCGUUGGUCAUCCUUGAUAAAGUUAAGGGACCCAAAUUUCAAGAGAUUGUUAAUAUUCGUUUAGGAGAUGGAACUACUCGUCGUGGACAAGUUCUAGAGGUUGAUGGUGAAAAGGCUGUUGUUCAGGUAUUCGAAGGUACAUCUGGGAUUGACAAUAAAUUUACGACUGUGCAAUUUACCGGAGAGGUGUUAAAAACUCCUGUCUCACUGGACAUGCUUGGACGCAUAUUCAAUGGUUCUGGAAAACCAAUUGAUAACGGUCCACCGAUUUUGCCUGAGGCUUACUUGGAUAUAUCAGGAAGUUCCAUCAACCCUAGUGAGAGAACGUAUCCUGAGGAGAUGAUACAGACGGGAAUAUCUACAAUUGAUGUCAUGAAUUCUAUUGCUAGAGGUCAAAAGAUCCCUCUAUUCUCAGCAGCUGGUCUCCCCCAUAAUGAAAUCGCUGCACAAAUAUGUCGUCAGGCUGGCCUAGUCAAGCGAUUAGAGAAGUCUGAUAACCUUCUUGAGGGUGGAGAAGAUGACAAUUUUGCCAUUGUGUUUGCGGCUAUGGGAGUUAACAUGGAGACAGCACAGUUUUUCAAACGUGACUUUGAGGAAAAUGGUUCAAUGGAGAGAGUGACCCUUUUCCUUAAUUUGGCAAAUGAUCCUACAAUUGAGCGUAUUAUCACUCCUCGUAUUGCUCUUACUACUGCUGAAUAUUUGGCUUAUGAGUGUGGCAAGCAUGUUCUUGUGAUACUCACAGAUAUGAGUUCUUAUGCUGAUGCUCUUCGUGAGGUAUCUGCUGCCCGUGAAGAAGUGCCAGGAAGACGUGGUUACCCUGGUUAUAUGUAUACAGAUCUUGCAACAAUUUAUGAACGUGCUGGAAGAAUUGAGGGACGCAAAGGCUCUAUUACCCAAAUUCCAAUUCUAACCAUGCCAAAUGAUGAUAUUACACAUCCAACUCCUGACCUGACUGGAUAUAUCACUGAGGGGCAGAUAUACAUUGAUAGGCAGCUGCACAAUAGACAGAUAUACCCACCAAUCAACGUCCUUCCCUCACUUUCUCGGUUGAUGAAGAGUGCCAUUGGUGAAGGAAUGACUAGAAAGGAUCAUUCUGAUGUGUCCAACCAGCUAUAUGCAAAUUAUGCCAUUGGAAAGGAUGUUCAGGCAAUGAAAGCUGUGGUUGGAGAAGAAGCACUUUCAUCUGAGGACCUGCUUUAUCUGGAAUUUUUGGACAAGUUUGAGAGGAAGUUUGUGGCCCAGGGAGCUUAUGACACCCGCAAUAUAUUCCAGUCACUUGAUCUUGCAUGGACUUUACUUCGUAUUUUCCCUCGUGAGCUUCUUCAUCGUAUACCAGCCAAGACUCUUGACCAGUUUUACAGCCGAGAUGCUGGUAAUUGAUGAGCAGGCAAGUUCAUAUAGCUUGGUCUCAGCGCCUAAAAGCAUCAGCCAUUAGUUCGCUUCUUAGUUUUCUCGCCCAAAGUUCAUACUUCUUCUAUCCAUCAGAAAUAUAAUAAAGGAUUGAGUCUGUAUGAGUGCCUUAUAUUCUGAGUCCGAAAUAGAAGAAAACCCCCAUAGUUGGCAUGAUGAUUCCUAUGCCAUUUUGUUUUCUUUUGGUGGAGAAAAUAUUUUGUUAGUUGUGUUUCACACAGUUUGGGAUGGUUGGAAUUUGUGGAGACUGUCCUCCAGAUGUAUGUUUGCUUGUUUCACAAUCUUAUUUAUCUUGUAAUUUUGUCUUUUAGGUUAUUUAUAAUCAGGAUAGUUGUCAGUUGGACACUUCUUGAUGUAAUUAUAUGUUUUACUCUAUUAAUAAUUGAAACAAGCUUCUGUA